GUGGUGGUAGUGGUGAUGCUGGUGAUGAUGAUGUUGUUAUUGAUAAUGAAGCGGCACUGAGAAAUAAUAAUCGGUGUGGGCCAUGGGCACCCCAAAACCGGAAGAAUGGGCCAUUUUGCUGAUUACGCGUUUCGAAAACGAGUUGCCAUGUCGAGCUGGUCCUCAGACAACAAACUCGCGAAUAAACGAGCAGGAGAACCGAAAAUUUUUGAUUCAAAUUUCUCGGCACCGUUUUUCUCUGGUGAUAUCCGGACUGACGAAAAUACUUCAGCGUGUCAACGACACACUGCCAGGGACUGGAGGAGGUCAACGGUCCUUCCACAACACCGACCAGGAACGUAAUUGCUAUGAGUCGAUCAUCAUCGUCCUGGACACACUCGAACAGUGUCUGGCCAAUCAGCCUAAGGACACUUCUAACAAAGAUGAGACCAUGAAUGUUAAAUUAUUGCUACGACCAAUUUGUCAAUUUAUCAAUAUAUCUAACGAUAGCCCGCAGCAUGUUCACAUAAAAAAUUUAGCAAGCAAAGUAUUAUUUGCGUUGAGUCUAAACUUUUUUACGGCCGUAUUUAAUAGGAUUUCUGAUCACCUUCAAGAACUGACAGUCUGUAAUGAAGAGAACCCAGACUGCAGUGAUAUAGAAUUGAUUCAACAUAUCAACAUUGACGUUGAUCGACUCGUACAAAUAUUAAAUGAAACGAUUCAAAAAUACAAACUGCUCAAAAAAUCAGCUCACACAGUCCUGGUAAACUCACUGGAACGCGCGAUAUGGAAUUGGAUGGACACUUACCCCCAUGAGUUCGCGGAAGUACAAAAAAAAUUUGACUGCAGCGACGGGUCUAAAGACACUUCAAAAAAAUCAAACGACGGACUGGCAAAAGCAUGCGGUGAACUGUUCGAUGUUCUCGACACUUAUGCGGAAAAUAAGAAGAGCCGCAAUGUCGCUGGCUGGCCACUGCAGAUAAUGCUGCUGAUUUUGUCCCCGAAGGUAUUGGAGGAGAUACUGAACACCAAAACAGCGGCAUGCUCGCCGAAGCACUCGAAGAAGAAGCAAUUUAUCGACGGAGUUAAACGAGGCCUCGGAAUGCACGGCGGGUCUUCAAGUAGAUCUCUCACAGAAGCUGCUGUGGUGACUUGCGUUAAACUCUGCAAGGCGUCCACUUACAUAAAUAAUUCCGACUCAAGUAAUGUUAUUUUUACACUAGUUCGGCAAGUGAUUACCGAUUUAACGGCACUACUAUUCAAUAUCAAUAAGCCUUUUUCUCGCGGGCAGAGUUACAUUGCCCAGGAUAUUGACAUGAUGAUUGACUGCUUUGUCAGCUGCUUCCGCAAUCGUCUUCAGAACGACGAGAUAACAAAAGUCUGUCUAAAUUUAACUGCACCGUCGACUUAUCAGUUCGUUCUUGUCAGUUCACUCUACAGAAUAGCAACACCUCCAAGAUUGUCAUGGUGGCCAGAGAUAAAUCUAGUCUAUCCACGCAGCGCUGAACUGAGAAAUUUAUUCACUGAUACUCUUAACAAAGUAACGCAGAGCUACAUAUCCCACACGACACUGAGGAUGAUACCGAGUUUCUCAAUGAAAGGAAAAGAACAAGGAAAAUACAAAGACCGGGGCGAAGAUAUCGCGAGUCAUCGCAAUCUUCUAUUGUGGAUGGUGAGACUUAUCCAUACAGACCCAAUGUUGAUGCUGUAUAACCCAGGAAAAGCUGGCCACGAGAUUCAGAGUUCAACUCUGGAGUUGAUAAAUGGUCUGGUAUCACUAGUCCAUCAGCCAACGAUGCCGGAUAUUGCUAAUGAGGCAAUGGAAGCCCUGCUGGUUCUUCAUCAUCCAGACAAAAUAAAAUCAUGGAAUCCAGAAGCUCCAAUAAAAACUUUCUGGGACAUCAGCUCACAGGCUUUAUUUUCUAUUUCUCAAAAACUUAUUCAGCAUCAGAUUGUCAACUAUACCGACAUCCUGAAGUGGCUGAGGGAGAUACUGGUACGAAGAAAUGCAUUUUUGUCACAAAAUAAAGAUUACGCGAAUGUCGGAAGUCAAAUUGCAAUUUGCAAACAAGCCCACAUAAAGCUAGAAGUUGUUUUCUUUAUGUACCUCUGGAGUAUCGACAUGGAGGCGGUUUUAGUGGCACUCUCGUGUUUUUCUUUGCUGUGCGAAGAAGCGGACAUCAGGUGCGGAAGUGACGAAGUUGCUGUCACCUGUCUUUUGCCUAAUUAUCAUCUUUAUAUUGAACUGGCCCAAACUUCAACAGCUUUGACUACCGCCAGCGGAGAAAGUAGGAUGUGUUAUUAUGAACACAGCCAGGGACGAGCUGCUUUGCAAAAACGAAUAAUGGCUCUGCUGAGAAAAAUCGAGCACUGUGUCAACGGAGUCCAACCAGCGUGGGAAGAAACAUUUCGCAAUUGGGAAUCGACCUGCCGACAGCUGACAAAUUAUCCAAAAAAUAAAACAGAAGACGGUCAAGUCGAGUCAUUUCAUCGCAGUACUGGCAAACGCAGAGCUUCGCAUCAGAACUCGGAGCACGAGCUAGAAGAGCAGAUAAACGAGUGGGCCAACAUGACGGGUUUCUUGUGUGCCCUCGGUGGGGUCUGCCUGCAAAGGAAGUCUCCAAGCCGGCCGAUGUCCUCGGGAAUGCUGCCGAAUCCUGAGCCCAAGAAGAGCUCGACGAAACAACUGGAAGCUGCGUGUCUCGCAAAUCCAACUCAAGAAGUCCAGUACUGUCCGGUUACUCAGUUCGUUUUCAACCUUCUGCGACUAUUGAUUUGUAACAACGAAAAAUUUGGAGCGCAGAUACAGAAACACGUCAAGGAACUUGUGGGCCAAGAAAUGAGCGCUGCUUUAUACCCGAUAUUAUUUGACCAGAUAAAAAGUAUCGUGGAGAAAUUUUUCGACCAGCAGGGACAGGUGAUUGUGCUAGAUGUCAAUACCCAGUUCAUCGAGCAUACGAUUUUUAUAAUGAAGAAUGUACUGGAGUCAAAAUCUGAUCAGCCGUCUGAGUAUUUGGGCAUGACAAGUAUUGAGGGAAUGACUCUCGCGAUCGUAAGAUACGUUAGACAUCUAGACACCACAGUAUACACGAUUCAUAUUAAGACAAAACUGUGUCAGCUAGUGGAGGCGAUGAUGAAGCGUCGAGACGACCUGGCGUUCCGUCAAGAAAUGAAGUUCCGUAAUAAAUUAGUGGAGUAUCUCACAGACUGGAUAAUGGACACGACUCAUCAGAUGGCUCCUCAACCGAGUACUGGUGACUUGACAACGAUAACUCGGGAUCUUGAGCAAGCCUGCAUGGAAGCAGUUGGUUCAUUGCUGCGCGGACUUCCGCUUCAGCCUGAAGAGUCUGACCGAGGCGAUCUGAUGGAAGCAAAGUCACAAUUAUUUUUAAAGUACUUUAGUCUCUUCAUGAACUCACUGAAUGACUGCAAUGACGCGGCGAAUGAGGACAAAGACGUCGUUUCUACCACUCGUAUGACCAGCGUCAAGUUAUCGAGUCUACGUAACGCGACUAUUCAAGCGAUGAGUAAUCUUUUGAGUGCCAACAUUGACAGUGGACUGAUGCAUUCAAUUGAUCUUGGGUACAAUCGUGAUUUACAGACCAGAGCAGCUUUCAUGGAAGUGUUGACCAAAAUACUUCAACAGGGAACGGAGUUCGAUACCCUCGCAGAAACUGUUUUAGCGGAUCGCUUUGAGCAGCUCGUCCAGUUGGUGACCAUGAUAAGCGACAAAGGAGAGCUGCCAAUAGCAAUGGCUCUGGCCAACGUUAUCACGUCAAAUCAAAUGGAUGAACUGGCGCGAGUGUUUGUAACUCUAUUCGACGCAAAACAUUUGCUGUCACCAUUACUGUGGAAUAUGUUUUACCGCGAAGUUGAAGUUUCAGACUGCAUGCAGACAUUAUUUCGCGGUAACAGCUUGGGAAGUAAAAUAAUGGCCUUUUGUUUCAAAAUAUACGGCGCUAGUUAUCUACAGAAUCUGCUGGAGCCAUUGAUAACCCCUUUGUUAGACGAUCCCUCAACGAGUUUCGAGGUAGACAGCGCGCGGAUUGAUGCCAAUGAAAAUAUUGAGCAAAACGGAAGAAACUUGAUAGCUUUGACCAAGAAAGUAUUUGACGCGAUUGUUUCUUCAGCUGAUAAAUUCCCACCACAAUUGAGAUCAAUGUGUCACUGUCUCUACCAAGUGUUGAGCAAAAGAUUUCCCCAGUGCCCGCAGAAUAACAUCGGAGCUGUCGGCACCGUUAUAUUUUUGCGGUUCAUAAAUCCAGCAAUCGUGUCCCCUCAGGAAAUGGGUAUUGUCAACAAACCAGUGCCAUUGCAAAUAAAAAGAGGCCUCAUGCUCAUGUCAAAAAUCCUCCAGAAUAUCGCAAAUCACGUGGAAUUUAGCAAAGAGCAACAUAUGUUACCUUUCAAUGAUUUUUUACGCGCGCGUUUUGAAAUAGGCCGCCGAUUUUUCAUCCAGAUCGCAUCAGACUGCGAGACUGUCGAUCAGACGAACCCGCCGAUGUCAUUUGUCUCGGACGCGAACGUCCUGGCACUCCAUCGACUGCUCUGGAACCACCAGGAACGCAUUGGAGAUUAUCUGAGCAGCAGCAGAGACCACAAAGCCGUCGGACGUCGUCCCUUUGACAAAAUGGCGACCUUGCUUGCUUACCUCGGGCCUCCAGAGCACAAGCCCGUUGAAUCUCAUCUCCUGUUCUCCUACUCCCGGUGGUCGAGCAUCGACAUGUCCGCGACAAACUUUGAGGAAAUUAUGGUGAAGCACAACAUGCACGAGAAAGAAGAGUUCAAGAGUAUCAAGAGUUUGAAUAUAUUUUACCAGGCCGGUACAAGCAAACAAGGGAACCCGGUGUUCUAUUACAUAGCGCGCAGAUAUAAAAUCGGCGAAACAAACGGGGAUUUACUUAUUUAUCAUGUGAUACUCACCCUCAAGCCAUUCUGCCAUUCACCCUUUGAACUAGUGAUCGAUUUCACUCAUACCUGCUCGGACAAUCGUUUCCGCACAGAGUUCCUACAAAAAUGGUUCUUAGUCUUGCCUAAAGUUGCCUACACAAACAUCCACGGCGCCUACAUUUACAACUGCAACAAUUGGGUCAGAGAGUACACCAAAUUUCAUGACAGAAUUCUAGCUCCACUUAAAGGAAAUCGUAAAGUCAUAUUUAUUGAUUCCCCGGCACGGCUCAACGACCUCAUUGAUCCAGAGCAGCAAAAAUUACCAGGAGCAACGCUCACUCUCGACGAAGACUUAAAAGUAUUCACUAGUGCACUAAAACUGUCUCACAAAGACACCAAAGUGUCGAUAAAAGUUGGACCCUCCGCUAUACAGAUAACUUCUGCUGAAAAGUGCAAAGUGUUGUCACACUCGGUGCUACUUAAUGACGUUUACUAUGCAUCAGAAAUAGAGGAAGUCUGUUUGGUUGAUGACAAUCAGUUUACCUUGACGAUAUCCAAUGAAGCCGGGCCACUGUCGUUUAUUCAUAACGACUGCGACAGCAUUGUCCAGGCAAUAAUGCACAUAAGAAAUCGCUGGGAAUUGUCCCAACCAGAUUCAAUGUCAGUGCAUCCUAAAAUAAGGCCUAAAGAUGUACCAGGUACGUUACUAAACAUGGCGUUACUGAACCUCGGAAGCUCAGAUCCCGACUUACGUACAGCUGCCUACAACCAAUUGUGCGCUCUGACAGCGACAUUUGAUCUAAAAAUCGAAGGACAAUUACUUGAGACUUCCGGACUCUGUAUUCCAUCAAACAAUACCAUCUUCAUAAAACAUCUAAGUGAGACACUUGCGGCGAACGAUCCUCACCUGACCCUCGAGUUCCUCGAGGAGUGCAUGCAAGGUUUCAAAGUAUCAACGAUUGAACUAAAGCAUCUCUGCUUGGAGUACAUGACCCCGUGGUUAAAAAAUCUCGUACGUUUUUACAAACCGAAUGAUGAAGGCGGCAAAAGACAGAAGCAGGUCACUCAGAUACUGGAAAAAUUGAUAACUUUGACAAUUGAAGAGGUGGAAAUGUACCCCAGCAUUCAAGCUAAAAUCUGGAGCACCAUAGGCAGACUCCCUGAGCUCAUUGACACUGUCCUUGAUCACUUUAUCCAGAAAAGCGUCGGCUACGGCCUUGGCUCGCCGAUGGUUGAGAUAAUGGCUGACACCGCAGUGGCUUUGGCUUCAGGGAACGUCCAGCUGGUGGCAAAAAAAGUUAUCGGCAGGUUGUGUCGAGUUGUUGACAAAACUUGCACAUCGCCGACGCCUUUACUCGAGCAGCACAUGAUGUGGGAUGACAUAGCGAUUCUCGCGAGAUAUCUCUUGAUGCUGUCUUUCAACAACUGCCUGGACGUUGGCAAACAUCUGCCCUACCUCUUUCACACCGUAACUUUUCUCGUCUGCUCCGGAAGUUUGAGUAUGCGGGCCUCCACCCACGGUCUAGUCAUCAACAUUAUUCACUCACUCUGUACCUGCAGCUCUCCCUCCUUCUCCGAGGACACUUACCGAGUUCUCCGCAUGAGUCUCGACGAGUUCUCGUUACCCAAAUUCUACCUCCUCUUUGGGAUCAGCAAAGUUAAAUCCGCAGCAGUGACGGCUUUCCGGUCUAGCUACCGGCAUUCGAAUGAGAAAUGGUUCACGAAUGAAAGGACACUUUGCAACACUCAAGACCGUGAAAGAUUAUCAUUAACCAGCUUAGAAGUAAUAACAGAUGCACUGCUGGAGAUUAUGGAAGCGUGUAUGCGAGACAUUCCUACGUGCGAUUGGCUGAGGACUUGGACGUCACUGGCAAAGAGUUUUGCUUUUUGUUUUAACCCCGCCCUCCAGCCACGGGCUCUCAUUGUUUUCGGCUGCAUCAGCAAGAGCAUAACGGAUCAAGAUAUCAAACAACUGCUACGUAUACUCGUAAAAGCACUAGAGAGUUUCAAUGAUAUUACACUUCUUGAAGCCAUUGUUAUGUGUCUGACGCGACUCCAGCCGCUUUUGAGACCCGAGUCUCCAAUUCAUCGGUAUCUGUUCUGGGUCGCGACUUCGAUACUUCAACUGGACGAAGCCCCACUCUAUGCUUCAGGUCUGGCUCUUCUUGAACAAAAUCUCCAUACACUCGACUCCCAGGGAACGUUCGAUGAUAAAACCCUCGAAAAAGUGAUGAUGUCAACUCGGGAACCGCUCGAGUGGCAUUUCAAGCAACUGGAUCACGCUGUAGGUCUGUCAUUCAAAUCAAAUUUUCAUUUUGCUCUUGUGGGACAUCUUCUUAAAGGCUACAGACAUCCAACACCAACGACUGUCUCACGUACAUCACGAGUGCUGACAAUGUUACUGGCGAUCGUCGCAAAGCCAUUCCGUAGAGAUAAAUUUGAAGUCACUCCAGAAAGUGUCGCGUAUCUCGCAGCUCUCGUUUCAGUCUCGGAAGAAGUAAGAAGCCGUUGCCACGUUCGUCACUCUCUUGGAAGAAAUAUCUCGGAGUCAAGUAGCACUGAUUUUAUUGACGUUCUUGUUACCAAUGGUCCAGAUGCGCCUGCUGGCAGCAAUCUGAGUGUAAAUCCAUCAAACCGCAAGCAAAAGUCCUGGGAUUUACUUGACCAAACGGCCAUCACGCAAGCGAGGCAACAGAAACAACCGCCGCAGUCGGGUAGAAUUUUAUUUAAAACCCAACGUUCAUUCUCUGUACCAACUACCAAAGAAGCCAAACCUACUGAAGAAGAUGCGAAAAACCGCAGCACCAGAGUCAGUGUUAGCAAUGAAAAUAACGUUCUCCUAGAUCCUGAAGUACUGACUGACUUUUCAACUCAAACUCUUGUCCUAACGAUCUUAGCAACUCUCGUUAAAUAUUCAACAGAAGACAGCGAGACUCGGAUUCUCUACGAAUAUCUUGCAGAAGCUUCGGUGGUAUUUCCAAAAGUAUUUCCUGUCAUAAAAAAUCUACUUGACGCUAAAAUAACAAGCGUGCUGUUCACUUGUCACGACCAGGCCAUCGUCAGUGCAGUCCAAGCAAUAAUACAGAAUAUGAUUGCGUGUGAAGACACGAGCCAGCAGCUCCACUACCUGCAGAGCUGCGGUUUCGGCGGACUUUGGAGGUUCGCUGGUCCAUUCGCGAAGUGCAACAGAACUGCUGACAGCGCUGAGUUGUUUGUUAACUGCCUUGAAGCCAUGGUAGAGACUUGUCUGCCCACCGAAGAGGUCGAGGUGCCGACCAGCAACGACCUGGAAAAUGACAAACGAGUUGACGGAAUGCCGGGAAAAAGUUUUGCCAAAGCACGACUUCCCUCGCAAGACAGCAAUCCGCGGGAUGCUUCUAUACUUCUUAGUUCCAAAGAGUCAAGUAUUGAAAGCAGAGGAGAAUCAUCAAUAAAUACAAAUACAACGAGCAGUAGCAGUACUUCGCAAUCCUAGCGAUCAAUUGCUGGUUCGCGUCGCGGUAAAGAUCAAAAAGUCCCGGAUACUAGGAAGUCACGUGCCUCCAGGUGACAAAAUAAUUAUCGUGAUGAUUAAUUAUUAUUUGUGGGAUGAUAAUAAUUUGUUGACUGUAAAUACUAUAUAUAUAUUAUAUAUAUAGUUGAUGCGUACGAUAAUUUAAUAAUUGAUAAUGAUAAAUUAUGUUAUAAAUAUGAAUAUCAACAUGUUAUCGUUUGUUUAUCGUACAGAUAUUUAUCAAUAUUGGGGACCUGCUACUGUUGCUACAUGUCCAGACAGUUUUAAUCAGUACCGUCCACCUCGCGAUUAGCAGCCUUUUCAAGAUUCAACGUUCAAGCACAAAAAAAAAACGGCCCUAUUAUCGAUACCUCAUUUUUAUUUAUCAAACUAUAUUCCAUUGACACAUUCAUUUAUUUUAAUUCAUUCCAUCAUUUUUAUUUUUACAAUAAAACAAUCAUUUAUCAUUUAUCAUUAUCGUGAUCCGGUAGCUUCAGUCAGAUCGUCAUUAAAUAAAAAAAAUUAAAUUAAAACUGGAACUAAUGAUAAUUAAUAAGUUUUCGUAAAUAAUUGUAUGUAGAUCUUUAGGUAAUACGUGUUGACAUUUUCGAAGUAUAAUAUUUAUAUGCAAUAAUAUAAAAAAAUAUAUGUAUAAAUAUAUUUUUAUUUUAUGAAUGAAAUUAGCAGACAACUUUAUAUUUUUAAAAAUUAUACUGUAAAAAAUCGGGAGUGAAUUCGGAGUAAUUACGGAUUUUAUUUAAAUCCGAAUUACUCCGUCAGAGUUCCGGAGUUGGAAAAAAUUACUCCGCAUAUGGAAUAAAUAUGGAGCUUUUUCAGAUGAUUGAUUUCGGAGUGAUCGGGAUUUUAUUAAAAUCCGCACUCCGAUUCGGAGUUUUAACAUUAAAGUGAACUCCCCUUUGGAGUAAUUUUUACUCCAAGGGGGUGAAGGGGGGGGGAGCUGGUAUGAGAUACAAAAAAAAGGAUAUUUUUGUGAUUUUUUUUUUUCAGAGUACCUUCUUUACUAAAAUUCUUAAAAUUUGUGACAUUAUUAAGCAUCAUUCCAAGAAUGUCCUGCUAAAUUUUCAUAAAAAAAUAUUUAAAAAUAAGCUAGUGGUAGUGGGGAGAGACGUGUCAUCUCAAAAAAGUCUCCAUGCCGUAGGCAGGAUAACUCAUGACUGCCUUAUCUGAAAUCAACAAGCCAAAAAGAUUUCUUUAGUACAUAAGUUUAUCUUGAAUUUGAACGGAGGAAUAAACAAAAUAUUUAUUUUUAAAUUUUUGGUAAAGGUGCAAUCAAAAAACUCUGAUUUUUGCCAAAAAUUCUUCCUUUUGUUUAAUUAAUAAAUAAGUAGUUAUUAAAAAAAAAUCCUUCGUUCAAAUCUAAGAUACAUUCAUGUACUAAAGAAAUCUUUUUGGUUUUCUUUAAUUUCAGGUGAGGCAGCCAUGAGUUAUCCUGCCUACGGCAUAGAAACUUUUUUCUGAGGUGACUCGUCUCUCCCCACUACCACUGGCUUAUUUUUCAAUAUUUUUUUAUGAAAAUUUAGCAGAAUAUUCUUGGAAUGAUGCUUAAUAAUCUCACAAAAUUUAAGAAUUUUCAUAAUGAAUGUACUCUAAAAAAAAAAUCACAAAGAUAUCCUCUUUUUUUUUGUAUCUCAGACCAGCUUCCCCUGUAAAUAAAUAGUCAUCUGCUCUGCUUUGACUCCGGAUUUAAUCCGCGUUCACUCUGAAAAUUUUUUACAGUGAAUUGAUAAAAAAAAAUUUUUUAAUUCUCGCAAAGGAUCAAAAAACUCUGCGUUAUAAAAUUUUGUUUCUUUAUAAAAAUUGAAAACUUAUUGGGUGUCUGUUAUCUAUUUUUAUUAAAUUUUAUUAAAAUGAAAUAGCACGGCCUACAUUUUAAUUAUCAGUACAUUUGCACCAAAUCGAGCAUUUUUUUUUACCAAACGAGUAUUAAGUAAUUGGUGCAUGAAAAAUAAUUUCAAAGUAUAACGGAUACCAGUAUACAAUGUAUGUAAUUAUAUAUACAUGUAUAUUGUUGUUGAAUAUAACAAUUACUUGAGUUAAAAGUAUGAAUCGCGCGAGUAAAUUAAAAAUAAAACACUCGUUUGUUAAAUGUUUAAUUAAUUACUUAUUUUAUUUUUAUAAUUUAUUAUCGUAAUUAACGAAAUAAAAAUAUCGUGUCUUGAAUUUAAAAAAAGAACACCAGUGAUCGCGGGCAAAUUGUCCAUUAAUUAUACAAAUAUAAUAGUAAUGAUAAUAAUUAUUAUUAUAAAUAAAUAAAUAAAUUAUUUAAAAAAAGAGAGUAUAUAUCCAGGUUGUAAUUAAUGUUGAGUGUAUAUAAACAGUUGUAAAAUAAUGGCAUAAAAUAAUAUUAUAAUUAUAAUUAAAAAAAAAAGAAAAAAUUAAAUUUAAAUAAAAAAAAUAAAGAGUAUUUAAAAUAUCAAUACAAAAUUUGUUUUUUGUUUUGUAAUAAACCUAUUAUUUCAAAAAAUACAUUGCUCAGUAAUAAUAAUCAUAAUAGUAAGAAUAUUUGCCAGUUUUUAAAAUACGGCCAAGGUUUUCAUUUUUAAAUUUCCACGCGAGCAAGGCAAAGCAGCCAUUUAAUGUUUUACUGUAAUUUCCUUUUUUUUGUUAAUUAUAAGGUAAAAGCCCCAAUUAUUUGAACAAAAGUGUGUUAGUUAUCAUUAUUUAUUUGUUAUAUUUAAAAUUAAUAAUUGAUAAUUUUUUUUUAAACGCGUUUUA